ACUGGUUUGGGUUUAUUUUACAUUUUGGUUUUUAUAAACACCGAAUUCUGCAUUUUAAACUAGCAGUGAAGUAAGCUGAAGGAAUGCUGUUCGGGACUUGAGUGUCAGGAGUUUCAAGAAUCGUAAGCCUCUCUUAAGGAGCUUCAUGUUUGCUUUGCACGCACUGCUGAUUCAUCCGAGCGGCAGCCGGGGCUCCCAGGACCAGCCCCAUCGCUUUGCUUCAGCAAGCGGGACGUCGCCUCCCAGCCUUCCCUCUUUGGAGCAGCCAGCGUACGGGAUGGCACCUGGCUUCCCUUGCUGUGAGCUCAAUGGCAGAAGAUUUUUAUGAUUCCUCUAUGGAGCAAACUGGCAGUGUUUUGGAACAAGAUGUUCCUUACAAUAAUAGUUCUACUGAUCGUCUUGUUUCUUGAUGCUAUUAGAGAAGUUAGGAAGUACUCGGCCAUUCAUGUGAAUGAGAAGGCUGCAAAUAUCAAUGCCCAUGCCUUUGAACAUAUUCAGAUGAAACGCUUCAGGUCGCAAAGAAACCUCUAUCUCUCAGGUUUUUCCUUGUUUUUUUGGCUUGUAUUGAGACGUACUAUUACCCUUCUUACUCAGUUGGCAAAAGGGAUGACAUCUCAUGCAGCUCUGGAAACGCAAGUAAAUGAUGCUACUGAAGCAGCCAAAAAAUACAUGGCAGAGAAUGAAAGGCUACAGGAGGCCUUGAGUGAAAAAGGAAGCAGUAAAAGGAAAGAGUCAGCAGAAGCAAUUGAUAAAAAGUUGAAGAAGGAAGUUGAACAUUUGAAAGCAGAGCUACAGAAGACCUCAAAUGCUCUCCACAAGGCAAAUAAUGAAGUGAUUGCAGUUAAAAAGCAGUCUGAAGGCCUUAAAAGAGAAUAUGAUCAACUGAUGAAAGAAUAUGAAUGGCUUCAGGGCAGUUUAAAUGAAGCAGAAGACAAGAAAGACCUGUAGGUGCAUCUAAGAUGGUUGCUUCAAUGUGAAAAGGCUUGUGCUGUUUAGGCUCCUAAUGCAUAUCUGAAACAAAACCUGACUUUUCUGAAAAGCACAUGUGCUGCAGGUCACUAUUCAGAUGCAUCUAAUAUAUCUUGGUUGCCAAAAUAUUGUGUUGCAAAUAAAAUGUUAAGUGGCUUACCUGAUUUACCACGGAGAUUGUCACUGCUCUUGUGAGGAGAAACUUGAAAAUCUUUCAGUCCCAUUUGGAGCAACAUGACUGUUCUCCAAGCUUUUGCCUUCCGGAAUGGUAAUAGAUCAUGCGCCAUUUGCUUGUAGCAUUUGAGCAAGGCUGUAUAUCAAGCUGUAUCAUAAAACCACAAUUACCUAAACCUCCUUUGCAACAUCUCUUUGGAGUCUUCAGAAAUUCAGUUACCAGUGUGUUAAAGAAGGCUGAAAGCUUUUCAUCAGCCAUUCCGCUUCAGUGGAAAAUUGAAUGACAAUCAAUCGAA